ACUGGUCCUAACCAAGUUGUGUUGACAUCAAGGAUCAAGCUAAGCUAGUGGCUGCAUUCAGGAAGAUCAAUCCCUGUGAACUUGCUGGAUCCAAAAUUAUUGUUCUCAUGGUGUUACUCGGAUAUUCGUGGUCUCUCACACAUGCUUGUGGUGUUCUGUGCAUAAGACAUGCAGAACGGAUAUAACGAAAUUGGGUUUGUUCAGCAAAUUCUUAGCUUGAAUUUGGUUCCAAGGAAAAAUGGCACCAAUCGAGGCAACGACACAUCGCUUAGCGACUUCUCAGAGAUGUGGUAUGGUGUCUUCUUGUGGGCUGCAGUUUCUUCGCUCGUGUUUCACCUCCCUGCUGCGCUCCUGGCCCUUGCCACCCUGCGACAGCACAAGAUGGCUCGCUUCAUGCCCAUAGCCAUCCUACUUAUGGGCAUUGUGGGCCCUGUGUUUGGCGGUGUCCUUACCAGUGCAGCCAUAGCUGGGGUGUACAAAGCAGCAGGGAAGAGGAUGAUCUCCUUGGAGGCCUUGGUGUUUGGAGUUGGCCAGUCCUUCUGUGUCCUGAUUAUCUCCUUCCUCAGAGUCCUAGCUACACUCUAGCACUGGGACACUGGGACUUGGGGAAGGAGAGGGAGUGAGGGGGAGAGAACAUGCAAUCAGCAGGACGGCAUAUGCAAGACACAGCUGUUCCUUCAGAGGCCUUAUUUUCUAUAACCGUUACCAUGUGAUUCUUUGUUCGUUUUCCAAAGUGGUAGCCAUAUUUCUGGGCUGACCAGGAGCUCUCUCUUUGUCAAUCGGUGUUCAUUCAGAUGGUUGUGUGUGUGUGUGUUGCACUAUGCUCAGAACUAGCCUUCUCUUUUUGUGUGUUGUAGACGUAUCAUACACGACUGAGAAUGAAACAUUCCAGCAUGCAGAAUAUUUUUGCUCUACACGCCUACUGUCACAGUAGUUCUACAACCUUUUAGAUACGACAAGUCUGAACCUGCACGUCUUCAGACAAACACUAAAAGAGAGCGCUUCCUGCACAGCUCAACCACAGAUCGAUCAGCUUAAAUACAAUGUCUUGACUGUGAGAUGUAAACAAUGUGUUCACAGUGAGCCACAGUGCUCCAUAUACCAUAUUGAAAUUUAUAUUUCAGACAGACAACUUUUUAAGCUUUGUGGGGUUUUGUUUUCUUCACAUGUAGGCUAUAGGUAGCUAACAUUAGAGAUGGAUUGGCCAUAUUUUAACAUUCCAACUUGGGGUGUGUAAAAAAAGGUUUGUACAUAAUAUUUAAGCCCAUUCCUGCUUCUUUUGUAAGCCUAGAGGUAAUGAGGAGGAAGAAAGUUUUAUGUUCCCAAUCUCUGUAUAAUGCUAAGACAACCCUAGGGAAAUGAGUUGAUGAAUCAAAUGUGUUAUUUUCAUUAAAUUGUAUUUUUUCCAUAUUAUUAGAGUAUUUUUGGAUGGGUGAUCGGUGGGUUCUGUUAAGUUUGUAUGCAAUAUACUUAUUUCUGGGUGUCAUCUUAAAACAAGCAGCAGACUGCUCCUAAUUCUCUGGUGGACCAGUUUGAUAGUACACUCCUCAAUACGCUUUGAAUUGAAAUGUAUUCAAGAACGAUUGCUGUUUUCUUUUUCUUUUGUACAUUUUCUAUUGGCCUUCCUGAUGUAAAAGGUGUACAGUAUGUAGGAAUAGUUUAAUAUAUUAUUUCUUUGGCAUUGAUUAUGCUAAAGAAAUAAGAGGCGACCUCACUUUAAACCAUGAAUGUGAAUCAGAUUUCCUUAAAAUCCCAUGUGGGAUUUCUUAAACCUUUACCAAAGAGAACUUAAAACAAACAUGAGACUGAUUUAGUUUCAGCUGAAAGCCCUCAUGACCCCAAAUCUUGAAUUUUUCAGUGUCUCCAGGCUCUUAUAUAUCCUGAGUCCUGUGCACAGACAACAUAAAAACCAGACCCUGCAAAAGUCCUGUUCCACCAUUAGCUUUGCAGAGGUCUUUAUUCCAAGGGUAGCAAAGACUUGUAGUUCAACAAAAAGGUUUUUGUGUUUUAUUAUUCAGCACGGCUGCAUGCAUAUUGUCCUAAACUAUCAGCAGGAUAGUGGCCUUAGCAUAGAGGUAUUUUUUUUCAGUGCAGUAUCAGUACCAGGGCUGGAUUGAGAGCAGUAACAAUAUACCAUUUUCUUCAAGACAUUAGUGUGCCGGGCUGGUUAUAGUUACAUUAUGAUAUUUUGGCGAUACUGCUUUUGGUUAAUGAGUGGUUAUUGUAUCUGUGGGCAGAUUUGUGGUGAUUUGUGUUUCACAGCAGCAGGCUACAGCUGCUCUAUUUCCUGGGAAUGAUGAAGGCUGACAUACUGAAAGCCAUGCUCCACUCAUCCACACCCCAACACCUCAGUUCCACAGAAUGUUUAUUUUUCUAAAGCUAUUUAACGUCUCUCGUUGUAGCAUGACUGCACACUACUGGUUGUUAUAUAGCUAAAAGUUGAUUUGUCUAGUUUUCAAUAAAUAAAUGCUCUUUAUUUGCCAUGCGAUUUGGAUCCAUGGAUUGAUUUUGUUUUUACAAGAUACAGUUGAUUUUAUUACAGUAAAUUAAGUGCCAAUUGUUAAUAUCUUAAUGUGAUAAAACAUUUUACAUCAAAA